AUUUAAAUGACGACCUUCUACGUCAUCACGUCACGCAGCCACGGGCUUCCACGGCAGCUUUUCCACGCACGCACUAUGUGUGUCGUCAAUGAGGCGCUGGAGACGCGUGACGACUAGACACUCAAAAACAUAUAUAUUAUAUAUAUUUGAAAACUAUCAGCUGCUGGGAAAAAAAAAAAAACCCAAAAUGCUCCCGGACGGGUUUUCGAUGGGGAAAACGUUCAAGCUGUUGGGGAUUGGCGUUGUGGCAGCCACCCUGAGUCUGGAAGGAAUCUCCUGGCUGCUUCGCUGCCUGCGAGACGGGAGAGGCAGGCCUGUGAAGGAAGUCCUCUUCUUCCCCACCACGGUUACCUGCAUUAACCACCUAUUCCUGCCCGGCCCCUGCUCCUGCUCGCUGCCGCACGGAGACAGCACCCCUUUCACUCAGCUCCUGAGGCACCUGCUCUCCGCUCGCUCCUCCCUGGACCUCUGCAUCUUCGCCUUCUCCAGCCAGGAGCUGUGCAGGGUGGUGCUGGAGCUGCAUCGUCAGCGCGGGGUCUCCGUGCGCGUGGUCACCGACAAGGACUACAUGAUGAUCAGCGGCUCCCAGAUCGGAGCGCUCCACAAGGCAGGGAUCUCGGUGCGGCACGAGCUGGGCGGGUUCCACAUGCACCACAAGUUCGCCGUGGUGGAUAAGAAGCUCCUGAUCACGGGCUCUCUGAACUGGACGCACCAGGCGGUGCAGGGAAACAAGGAGAACGUCCUGGUCACCGAGGACAGCGGCUUCGUCAGGCCCUUCCUGCUGGAGUUCGAGAAGCUCUGGGACGCCAACGACCCAGCCAGAUCACCCACGCUGUCUGACUUCAUAAUGCUGUAGUGACGAGCCGUAGUUAUGAGACCGCGCUGUUUGUGUAACGAGGAGGAAAGUGCUGUAAAGCCACUGAGGUACUGUAUUAACCAUAACUACUGUACAUGCAUUCACACACACACACACAUGGUAAGGUAUUGGAUGUGUAGUCUAGUAAAACUAAAAGAAACCUAUACAAAUUUUAUGACAAACAUUUCUACUAGAUUCAUUAAACACCAUGAAAAAAAAAAAAAAAACUUCACCACGCCCUGGCACUUGAUAACUUGCAAAAAACUCUAAAGCAGGGAGUUCCUGGAGCAGCCGCAGUGUCUUCUGGCUUUCGUUCCACCCCGAGCUCUCAGUUAAUUAAUUGAUCUAAGUAUUUGAUUAAUUGACCAAAUUUAACACUUCUCUCCAGGCCUCAAAAUGUUUCAUAGGUCGUGUACCUUGAAUCAAGCGCAUUUUAAAACCAUCAACU